AUGACUAAUAGAAGCAAAGGGAGACAACGGCAUUAUCUUCACGUGAUCAGUAUGCUGUUGUUGAUACUGGGAAAAUCGACGGGUUUCCACCAAAAGCUCUGGAGAAGCUCGCAAAGACUGAUGCCAAGAAAGCCUGCCAUCACAUCAGAACAAGAAAGACACAUUGGCACGAAUAUCAGAGAAUUGACAGUACGACGCCGGUACACGGCAACAACAAAAGACACGGCAACAUCCGAGACCAAUAAUUCUGUGACGACCAAGAAAACUACUUUGGAGUCGUCUCUGGAAUGGGAGUCGUUUGAUUUUGCCGAUUCUCCCAAGUGGGAUCCUAGGUUCCUACCACAGGGGCAGACACUGCACAAUGCCUUUGGAGAAAUUAACGAAGAGGUGGUGCAAGAAGAAGCACGACAAGACGAGUUAUUGGCGCAAGCACAAAAGACACGACGAGAAUCCCUCCAGAGUCUUGAUCCCACCCUGGUUCAAGAAGCCAUGCGAAUUCUCAUGCCCUACGUACAGCAGCCACGCUACGAACGCAUCACUCACGUCUUGAAACAACGAACACGGCAUACACAAUUUUUGUUUGAAAAUCCGACCAAUCCCAGCAAUGUUUGGGCGUGUCUUCGGACAUUGGAUAGUUUUGGAAUCCAACAUAUUCACAUUGUCACCGAAGCCAAAGAGUAUCAAGGCAAGGCGGCUUUGCUGCAGAAACAAGGCAUGCGGACUGCCAUGGGAUCGGCGCAGUGGUUGACACUUCAUCAUUAUGUUAGUGCAGAAGAGGCUGUUCAAACUCUACGCGACAAACACAACUGUCGGAUAUUGGCAUCCGAUUUGAAUCCCUCGUCCGUUGAUAUCCGUGAUAUUGAUUGGAGUACAGCGGGGACGGACGACGACACAGAUAGUACAAGUGAUGAAGAUGAUAGACCUCUUUGUAUUGUCAUGGGAAAUGAAGUCAGCGGCAUCAGUGACACCAUGCGUCAACUGUCCGAUCUCACCUUUACUCUACCCAUGGUGGGCUUUGCCGAGAGCUUCAACUUGUCCGUAGCCACAGCCAUCACCUUGGCACACUUGAGUGCCGCCAGUGGACAUGAAACAUCAGGCCCAUUGAGACCCGGGGACAUGCCAGAAACAGAAUACAAUGCCUUGGUCUUGAGGGGGAUGAUUCAAAGCAUUUCUAAUAAACGGGUUUCCCAGGCCCUCUUGAAAAAGGAAGGUGUUGUCCUUCCCGAUUCUUUCUAUCAAAAGGGAAUCAAUCUGGGGAAAAAGUUGAAAAACAAAUAG